CCGGGCUCAGGGCUGAGCUGCAGCAAGGCAGCCAUCGUCAACAUAUCCAGCAUUGCUGGCUCCAUCACUGAUCCCGCUGGUUGGGAACUGAAGCAUUUUACCUCGUACCGCUGCAGCAAGACUGCUCUGAACAUGCUGACCAAGUGCCAGUCCCUGGCAUACAAGGAGCACGGCAUCCUCUGCGUUGCUCUCUAUCCUGGCUGGGUGCAAACUGACAUGGGCACCUUUGAUGGACACACGCCCCCUCUGACGGUGGAUGACAGCGUGAAAGGGAUGCUGAAGGUGCUCUCCUCCAUCUCUGAGAAGGACACCGGCACCCUCCUGGACUGGGAAGGGAAGGUCAUGCCGUGGUGAAAUGCCAGUUCAGGAUCCUGGCAGCUGUGGGGACCUUUGUUGCUGCUCCCACCUGCCCCACAUCCUCAAUAAAGCUCUGUGAGACCA